AUGUUGGUCACAAGACAACAAAGUAAAAUGCAGAAACGGAAAGAGGAUAAGGAAGAGGAAGAAGUAAUUUUGAAAGAUGUGUCUGAUAAUGAACAAAAUGAUACCGUAGUUGAGAAGAAACAAGAAACAGGAAUGUUAGAAAAAUUAAUGAUGAUGAUGAACGCACAAGAUAAAAUUAGAGAAGAAAAUAAAAAAAAAUGA